AUGGUUUCCAACACUCAAAUCAUCUUCUCCAAGAUUCCUACAACCUUCCCCGAGGUUGGAGAGCACAUGACAAUCAAGCAUGACACAAUUGAUCUCGAGGCUGAACUUCCCGAAAACCACUACAUUGUCAAGACCCUGACUCUUUCUGUCGACCCUUACAUGCGCGGCCGUAUGCGCGCUGCUGGAACCAAGUCUUACUCUCCUGCAUUUGAUCUUGACAAGCCCAUGGCUGGCCACACUGUUGGUGUAAUUGUCAAAUCCAACAAUGACAAGUUCAAGGUCGAUGACAUUGUCUAUGGCAUUGGACAUUUUGCCGAAUACACCCACGUUCCUGCCCAGCUCGCCUUCCUUUUCACUCCUCGCAACGAGGCCCGUGAGUCUGGUCUUCCGUUGUCCAACUACAUUGGUGUCCUCGGUAUGCCAGGUAUGACUGCCUAUGUUGGUCUGAUCAAGUUCGGUAAGCCCAAGAAGGGGGAGACUCUUUAUGUCUCUGCUGCGUCUGGCGCUGUUGGUCAGUUGGUUGGCCAGAUCGGCAAGGUGCUUGGUCUCCACGUCGUUGGUUCGGCUGGUUCGGAUGAAAAGGUUGCCUACCUCAAGGAGAUUGGUUUCGAUGGCGCUUUCAACUACAAGACCGAGGACACUAAUGCUAAGUUGACCGAGCUUUGUCCCAACGGUAUUGACAUUUACUUUGAGAAUGUCGGUGGCAAGAUGCUCGAGAAUGUGAUCAACCACUCCAACAACUUUGGCCGUAUCGUCUGCUGUGGUAUGAUCUCCCAGUACAACACCACAAACCCCGAGCCUAUUCACAACCUUAUUCAGAUUGUCAGCAAGCGCUUGAGAAUCGAGGGUUUCAUUGUUGGCGAGCACCCCGAGAUGGAGGCAGAUUUCCGCAAGGAUGUCACCCAGUGGCUCAAGGAUGGUGUUAUCCAGUACCGCGAGACUGCUGCCGAGGGAAUCGAGUCUGCUCCCCAGGCCUUGAUUGAUGUAUUGAAGGGCAAGAACUUUGGCAAGCAGGUUGUCAACAUUGCUUCUCUCUAA